AUGACAGCUACCAACGGGUUCUUUUCUCACAAAAGAUCGUUGUCAGAUGGAGGCUAUUCUACCCAGGCGUGGAGGGUUCUGUUUCAGACUCUACCCUCUCGUGGGCCAGAUACAGAUGCCUGGUGGCGGCUCACCGGAAGACAUCUCGCGGUUCUCCUCGAUGCCGCAGCAUAUCCCAUAGAGAAGCAGUACGAGUGCCUUCUAUACCAUUACCACUACGCUGCACCUUACCUAGGGCCAGCACCCCGCGACGGCAGCUCUCCAACGCAAUGGAAGUCGAUGCUACAGCUAGAUGGCACGCCAUUUGAAUUCUCGUGGAAAUGGAAUACCCCAGGUGGAGAACCGGAUGUCCGCAUCGGCUUGGAGCCUAUAGGGCCUAUGGCAGGAACAACGUUGGACCCUUUGAAUCACUCAGCGACACGAGAGGUCCUCCAUAAAAUAUCUUCUGCAGUACCAGGCGCUGACCUCACCUGGACACAUCACUUCCUUGCCACUUUGUUCGAUCAUGAUUACGCUAAAUAUGCCGAGGAGGCGGCGAACGGUGCUCUCAUUGGCACCAGCUUGAUAUUUUCCCUUGAGUUUCUACGCGACUCGACCGGAGUCAAGACAUACCUUCAACCGCGCAUGCUCAACCAGCAUGGAUUCCUCGACGUCCCUCGCUGGGAAGCGUCCUUCCAGAAGCUACACCCAGACGCUCCCUCCCGAAUAGCCCUGCACGAAUUCAUGUCUACCAACGAGGAAGGUAAACUUCUGAAACCAUUCUGUCUCAGCAUCGACAACUGCGAUCCCACCAAAGCCCGCAUAAAAUGGUACUUCAACAGCCCACACACCAAAUUCACUGCCAUCCGCGAAAUCAUGUCCCUCGGAGGCCGCAUCGCAAGCACCGACACUCGAGAGAAACAAUUCGGCGAGCUCUUCGACCUCCUCAAGACACUAACCGAACAACCCGCCGAUUUUCCAGAGGAUUCUGAGUUCCCAUUCGCCGCAAACAGCAACUCGAAUAUCGACUCCUUCGCCGAAAUGCCGGAUAUGCUGAAAGGAAUCGUAUACUUCUUCGACAUCGCCCCCGGUAAAUCCCUCCCCGCGAUCAAGAUCUACUUCCCCGUGCGCAACCAUUGCCGUAACGACCUGGCCGCUACUCAGAAUCUCAUCAAGUGGCUCGAUUCCCGGGGGCGCGGGAAGUACGGCCCUGCCUUUUUGCGGGCGCUUGAGGCUAUUGCGGAUUAUAGGCGCCUGGAUGAGGAUGGCGGGUUGCAGAGCUUCGUCAGCUGCCAAUUCAAGAGUGAUGGUAGUCUGGACCUGACGUCGUACUUUAAUCCUCAGGCGUUUCAUUCUGCGAGACUUACGCAUCGGCGGUCGACGAGGAGAAGGGGGGAUGAUGGAAGGUGGUAG